AUGCUCAUCGUGAAAAAGUCAGUCAAAAGAUACCUUACAAUGGGAAAGUUUGCCAAGAGGUCCAAAAAGGUCUUCAAAAAUCGGGAUCAAAAGAACUGGACUGACAUCACCAGAGAAAACGAGAAGUGGGAAACAUAUUAUAAGCUGCUCGGCAUCAUUCCCGAAUCCGAAUGGGCUGAUUUCAAGAAGUUUUGUCAAGAGGACUUGCCUACGACUUUUCGUGUUACAGGUCUGAGAAGUCACGCCGACGAAAUCAACCAAUUGUUUAUCGAUCAGCAUGUCCCGGCUCUUAAGGGUCAAGAGUUUGAAGGUGUCUCUUUGGAGCCGAAACAAUUGAAAUUCUAUCCUGAUGGUUUAGGCUGGCAAAUGGAUGUCAAAAAAUCUAUUUUGAGAAAAACUCGUCAGUUGUCGAAAACUCAACGUUUUAUGGUCCUUGAAACCGACGUGGGGAACAUCUCGCGUCAAGAGGCAGUACUGAUGAUUCCCCCUUUAUUAAUGGAUAUUAAACCGCACCAUUACGUCCUUGACAUGUGUGCUGCCCCCGGCUCCAAAACUGCCCAGCUUGUCGAGGCUCUUCAUGCGUCCGAUGAAGUCGCUAAUCCUACUGGUUUCGUACUUGCGAAUGAUUCAGACUCUAAACGGGCGCAAAUGCUCGUUCACCAAGUAAAGCGUUUGAACUCGCCCAACUUCUUGGUGGUCAACCAUGAUGCUCAAUUAUUUCCACGCAUUAGGCUUGAAGGUGAGGCUGAGUACGUCAAGUUUGACAGAGUUCUUUGUGACGUGCCUUGUUCUGGUGAUGGUACUAUGCGCAAGAAUGUGAAUGUUUGGAAAGACUUCUCUUUGGGUAACGGAUUGGGUCUCCACACCCUUCAAUUGAAUAUUUUGGAUCGUGGUCUCAAUUUAUUGAAGCCAGGUGGGCGUUUAGUUUACUCUACUUGUUCAAUGAACCCGAUUGAGAACGAAGCUGUUGUUGCCGCUGCUUUGCGCAAAUGGGGCGACAAAAUCCGCCUCGUUGAUGUUUCAUCAGAGCUUCCUGGCCUCGAGCGUCGCCCCGGUAUUUCUUCAUGGACGGUGUAUGGCAAGGAUAUGCAAAUUAGGGAGCCUGGUGCAGAUGAUGUGGCUGAGACUGUCUUCCCCCCUUCCAAGGAAGAAGCCGAAAAGUUCCACUUGGAUCGUAGUAUCAGGGUUUAUCCCCAUCUUCAGAACACAGGUGGCUUCUUCAUCGUCGUCUUCGAAAAGAUUGAAAAAUUCACCAGUGAAAUGAAGCGCAACAAUGCUGACGAGGCUGAGGUUGCUAGCAAAAAGCAAAAAACUGAUGAUGGUGCUCUGAAAGAUACCACCGCCCCCAAGAAGAAGAAACUGCCCUAUACCAACGAAGAACCGUUUAUGUUCUUAGCCCCUGAUAACAAAGAGCUCGCAACAUGCUGGCCGUUUUAUCAAUUUCUGGAUGAGUUCCCCAAGAACUGUUGCCUUGUGCGUAACUCAACUGGUGAAGCCGUGAACUCGAUUUACUUCGUCGCUCCUAUCGUUCGUCGAAUUUUAGAAUCGCCUGAAUUGAAGCUCAAAAUGGUUAACGCUGGUAUUAAAAUGUUCACUAAACAACGCAAUGAGGGUGGUGCUUGCGGCUGGCGGUUGCAAAACGAAGCUCUUCACACAGUUAAAAACAUGAUUGGUGAUGACCGGAAGGUAACUUGUCUGCUUCCUAUGCUCAAGUAUUUGUUUACGGAGGCUUUCCCUAAGCUUGAUGUUAUUGAAGAAUUGGGAAUUGACAAUGACUUUGUUAAGGCUGCGAAAUCUCUUGACCAAGGAUGUGCUUUCUUGACUGUCAACCGUGGUGAAGAUCACGAAAAUUUGUUUUUGCCAUUGUGGAGAGGGAAAUCGAACGUGAAUUUGAUGGUGAAUAAACAGGACACGCAAGAGUUGUUGUACCGCGUGUUUGAUAUUGAGACCAACGCAACUGAACAUGGUAAAGAGCACGCUUACCAACAGCGGGUUGAAGCUGCAAAAGCUUCCAGCGAAGAGCCUCAAGCAUAA